UCGAAGAUGGCGUCUCCAAAUGGAGGUGAAGACUUUGAAACCUCUUUGCUCAGUUUGGAAAAACUGGACAGAGCGUCACCAGACCUUUGGCCAGAGCAGUUGCCUGGAGUUGCCGAAUUUGCUGCAUCUUAUAAAAAUCCCAUCACAAAUUCACCCCCCAAGUGGAUGGCUGAGCUUGAGAGCGAGGACAUUGAAAUGUUAAAAGAGCUGGGCAGCUUAACAACAGCGAACCUAAUGGAGAAGGUUAAAGGUCUUCAGAACCUUGCUUACCAACUGGGCUUAGAAGAAUCCAGAGAAAUGACCAGAGGGAAGUUCCUGAACAUCUUGGAAAGGCCCAAGAAGUGAUUUUUUUUUUUAGCAUUUUUUUUUUACAACAUAUUUGACAUGUGUAACUACAAGAUAAUCAAACAAUCUUAUUGAUUAAUAUCCAACUAUAUGAUAUCAGCUCCUAAAUGGAGCAUCACAUGUCUUCCUAGAUGCUAUUUUAUUUACUUUGCACCAAAGUACAGACAACCAGCCUAGCUAGGUUCACUGUUCCUUAUUUAUGUUCAUUUCCAUUUUAACACUGUUUUGCGAUAAUAAAUUUUCUAAACGAAACGAUGACUUACAAGUUAUUAAACUUCCAGAGAAGCUAAGUUUGAAAGUAAAUGUUAAAUGAGGGCAAUAACUUGUGGCGCUGCACCAAGUGACGACCAGUGCAAUACUUUUCUAUUAAUGAGCUUUGGAAGCAAGGGGUCCCUAAUACACAAAACAUUGCGUAAAAAUAAUAUUGCUCAUUGUCAUCACCUUUAAUCAGAGUUGACAUAAUUACUAGGAGUAUUUCUUUUCUAAUUAGCACACUUCAGCGUCGUCGGAGCAAGCGGUCAGACAAAAAGAGAAGCAGACAGGCAUGCCCGAUGGGAAACAAAAAGAAGUUUGUCGGCCAUAAUUAGGUAAGACAACGCCUCUGACUGUUCUCGGCUGGAGAUGUCGCUCGGUCUUUGACCGCUCGCUGCCAACAAGUUACACUUUUUCCCGGACCUCUAAUAACCCCCCCCCCCCCCCCCCUCCCCAAAAAUGUCUUUCCAAUGCACAUGAACAGAGGCCGUCUCUGCUUCGGUGACUUCACCUCCCACACCGACCCGGGUCACCGUCUGAACUGCAUGGAUCAUUUGUACAAUUUUCUGACCACGGAGACAUGCUGCGGAGCAGGCCAGGGGGGGGGUUAAAGUAAUGCUAUGGCUUUUAUAGCCUGGAGUAUAUUCUGGAAUAGCUCAUUUUAUAGCAUGUUGUGUGCAGGUGUAGUUUAUAUCCCAGGGGUGAGGAUGCUGGAAUUGUUGACUUGUCAUGGGUUCUUAUUUGUUACAGCCUGUCUCCCGCACAAGUCAACUGGGAUAGACUCCCGCUUCGCUGAUCCCUAAAGAGUAUACUGUUACUUUAAGCCUGUCUUCCGCACAAGUCAACUGGGAUAGACUCCCGCUUCGCUGGUCCCUAAACAGGAUACUGUUACUUUAAGUCGGACAUCUUCGUUUGUGUGCAACAUCAGGAAGUAGCUGGAUGAACACAAGAAAAAAAAAAAAAAAAGUCCAGACCAGCUGUUCACUUUUUAAUCUGCAAUGCUCUUCGAUGGCCACCUACUAUGCCAAGCACUAAUUGGAGCUGCAAUAUGUUCCUGCCUCCGACUCGGCGCCUCAUUUCCAACAUGUUUGAUGUGAAUUAGAAGUUUUCCGAGCGGAUCAGCGGACGUGCUUCUUCAACUUCAUGCUGUGAUUCUGUUCAGUUGUGGCUUGUGUUGGUUUGUGUCCUCUUUCCCUGUGAGAUGUUGCAAAGGAUGCCGUGACGUGUUGGAGGAGCAAGUAAGGUCAGUGGUAAUGUUAAUUGGUAAUUUGGUCAUGUUUAAUUGGUGAAUGUUCAUUCUUAAGCUGACACAAAAGUCGACAUAUUUUGCCUUUAACUUUUUUUUUUUUUAAGCCGCGGGGCAAUAAAAAAAAAACAUGUGGACCACAAAUAGCCCGCGGGGCCAGACUUUGGACCUCCCUGGCCAACAACAAUAAA